AAAAUAUGGCAGACGAGGAGAUUUGUUAAAACAUCCAAUAAGGAGACGUAAUGAAUCUUAUCCAUAUUAAAGUGUUCCAAGAGUGUUGUAUCUCUAAAGGAAGCAUUCAAUGAUUAUCCUUCAUUCUAAAAUCCUUUUAAAUUGCAUAAUGAAAAAUAUUUAAAACUUUUCAAGCUAUUGGAGGAGAAAGAUGAGAGUUAGGAAGUGAAAAAGAUAUUGGAUGAGGGAGAGUUUAAUUAGGAGGAUGAGUAUUAUGCAGCAUUUCAAAAAAUAGAAGAGAAUUAUAAAGAAAAUAACUUUGUUUAAGAAUCUAAGCCUAAUUUCUAGAUAAAAGUUGCUUAACAAUUAAUAGAUGAAUAUUUGAAACAAUUGAAGGGUUGUUAACAUUAGUUGUUUGGUUUGAUUUAUAGCAGCAAUAAGAACAACGAGAAUAUUGGUCAUUUUUUGAUUCUUAAAAAUCAAUAAAUAGAAUCGAUUUUAAGUAAAUGAUUCUAAUAGAAUUAUCAAUUUUAGAUGUGUAAUCAGAGAGUGAGGUAACCUUGGCUUUCAAAGACAACGAAUUGACUAAAUUAUGUGCGAUUUUGGGAUGCGAUGAGUUCUUCAAUGAGGAGAGAGAAAAACAAGUUGCAUCAUUGAGUUAAAAAACACAAUUAUACUUGUUGAAAUUUAAUAAUCAGAGAGGAUUGGUAAGUUGCAAGAACUACGUAAAUGGAGUGGCAUCGCCUAUUGGAAUCUAGGAGAUUACGGUGAGACACUUUGAAGGAGUGAGACAAUACUGGAUAAAGUAAUGAG